GUAAUCAUAAGCCUCCUGGUGGUGUGUGCUGUGGCUAUGCUGGCAGAGAGGACUGAGGGGUUCCUGAGUUUCCUCAGCCCAUUUGAUCUUCAAAAGAUAAUUGCCAAAAACAGAAUAAGAAUGGAGAAAAAUAUGGCAGAAAACCUGCAACGGAGAUCUGAAGAAAAUGGUUCCCCAGAAGGAUUGGGUAGAGAUGAGACCGCAGAAGAGAUAGUAAGGGUCUGUGUUCCUUUGGAAGUUGGAGUCAAAAUGAACGCGAAACAGUUAUUGAAAUAUGAAAAUCUUGUGGGUGAAAUUUUGUCAGAAGGCACCAAUGGCCAAUGACGUGGAGAAGAUCACAGCUGGAAGAUCCUUCAAUGCUGCAACUGAAGAUUUAUGGAAC